ACAACACAACACAACACAAGAACAAUGAUUGCAUCCAAACUCCAGGAAAGUGUUGAAGUGAGAAUUGCACGCUCUCUACAUACAAAGGAGGAAGAGUUUGUAUUUGAACGGAGAAAAACAAUUUUUCAAAGCCUGCAGAAACUCAAGAUACACUGCAGUAAGGAUGCGGUGCCAAACAUUGCAUUACUGGGUUCUGGAGGAGGACAAAGAGCCAUGGUGGGUUUGCUGGGAUCCCUGGUUCAGCUUGAUAAAGCGGGUCUUCUGGACUGCAUCCUUUAUCUGAGCGGAGUCUCUGGAUCCACCUGGUGCAUGGCCUCCUUAUACCAAGAACCAGACUGGUCCACCAAAUUAGACACUGUGACAGACAAUAUCUUUAGGAGACUCAUCGGUCCAGGAGUCAGCUUUAAAGACAAACUAGCCAAACUGAAGAAAUAUUACUAUGAGAAAGACCACUUCAGCUUGACUGACGUCUGGGCAGUGAUGGUCGUCACAGAAUAUGUGAAAGAGAUUGACAAAUGCAAACUGUCAGAUCAGUGGGACCAGCACAAAGAAGACCCAUUUUCCAUCUACACAGUGAUCGACAAACAAUCCAAACAGUGCAAGGACGAGGAAGACAAAGAUGACCCCUGGUUUGAGAUCAGUCCACUUGAAGCUGGUUAUUCUCUCACUGGAGCGUUUGUGAAAACAUGCAGCUUCGGCAGCCAGUUUGACAGAGGCUCAAAGACAAAACCUCAGGAUGAAAUGGACAUGCUGUACCUGCAAGCUCUGUGUGGCAGCGCUUUAGCUGAUGAAGAUGAAAUUAAGAAAUUCCUCUGGCAAAAAAUAAACGAUUUCUUUAAAAAAUUAUCCCCUAAAUGGCCGAGCAACAAGGAAACAAGGAAAGGUAAAUUAUUUCUGCAUUUAUUUAUGGAUAAGUUUUAUCUUUUGAUUCUACUGUUCUGUUCGUGCUUCCCACUGCCAAAUGAAAGGUCAAACUCUUAUCUUAAAGCCCCAUCUGUAGAAAAGGGUUACCAGGUGCUCAGGGAUCUUGCUAACAUGAAUCUCGAUGUUUUGAAUGGCAAAGAUCCUUCAGAUCUUGAUCAAUCCAUCAGAAACACACUGAACGAGCUCAGUGGAGGCAAACAUCAGCUGAUUUUUCCUAUAGAAAAACUGAAUCUCGAAGAUAAAGAAGCUGCAGAAUGCUAUAUGAAUGAACACACUGAAGAUGUGUGUAAGAAUUUGAAUAACUGGUUCAGUUUGUGGCCUUUUGAUGUUUUGACAAGCAUUCAUAAAUGCAUGGCUCAGUGGAUCUGGGGCAGGAAAUAUGGCUUUCUCCAAAACAUCAAUGAUGAAACCUUGCCUUCUACUCUUCUGGAAAGUGAUAUAAGAGAUUAUGAAGACACCGGACUGCUGCUGAACUCACCCUACUUCUCAGUGCUGAGAAAAGAAAGAAACAUUGAUCUCAUAAUUUCCCUGGAUUUCAGUGAAGGCGAUCCUUUUAUGACAGUGAGAGAAGCUGCUAAGAUGUGCAAGAAACGAAACAUCCCUUUCCCUGAAGUCAACAUUCCCAGUGAAGACCUGAAGAACCCAGAGGACUUCUAUGUGUUCAAAGGCACAGACACUCCAACCGUGAUUCACAUACCUCUGUUUAAUGUGGUCAAUUGUGGAGGCAAGUUUAGACUGUCUAGUUGA